UAAUCUUCGGAAUUUGUAAAUAAACAACUCGCUCGAGUAAAUAGUUUUUUUUGAGGAAUUUCUGCAACAUUUUUUACUACUAAACUACCAAAACAGAUAUGUAAUAUCUGGGGUGGCAUCUGUGUAAAAAGGAAAAUAUUAUCAUGUCGCUGAAUCCAGAAUGGAACAUCACAUGUCGGAUUUGUUUGCAGGAGGGCGAAAUUCGAUCCCUGUUCGAAAUAUGUCCAGAAUCGAAUCUAAGUUACUGUGCCAAAGUGAUGCAGUGUACCAGCGUCGAAAUCCGUACGAACGACUCACUGCCGGAUCAAAUCUGUGACGCGUGUAUUCGCGAUCUGAAUGUAGCCUACCGGUUUCGGGUCAACUGCGAGAGCUCCGAUGCGAUAUUGCAAUCCUAUCGGGAAGCCAGUGUGCAUAGAGAUGAUGCUAGUGACGAUGGUGUCGAACCGGAUGUUGAUAUGGUUGAGCAAGCAAGCUGUUCAUCGGAGAUACAAAUUCCGAUCAGUUCUGAUGUGAUGUACAGUUACAAGCCACCGUCUGGACUGAAUGUGAAGCUUGUGUCGCGGGAGCAAACGCUACUGCUUGAGAACAAUGGUGAGAUAAUUAUUUGUGGACGUCCUCCACCCGAGCCGGCGCCGCCGGCUGUUGACGACCGGGAUGACGACAUUACCUCUACGGGGGAAUCGCUUGCCGCACCAGAAUCGCCUGACGAGAACGACACGGAUUCGUUGAUAACGUAUGACGAUGCUUUGCCGCCUUCUACGUGCCGAAGUGGACGCAUGGGCGAAGAGCUUGACGAAGGUACCGAAGCGCGGUCAGAGUUGAUCGACGGUCUAUUGGAGGAAGAGGAUAAUCGCACUGUCGACGAAAGUGGGAAACAACCGGACGACAGCAGUGUUGAUAUCUUCUUCGAUACAGAGGUGUACAUAAACAAGGAGGACGAUCUUCUAGAGCAAUUGGCGAGCAUCAAACGAGAGGAUGACGUUGACGAUUGGGAAAUUAUUUAUGACGACGAGAGCAGCCAGGAAUACUUCAAGAAGCUUCCUCAACCGAAAGCAUCGGAUAUUUUCGACGAUCCUAACCAUAAGGUUGAUUCCAUGGGGGAGCAGCAGAAGACCUCAUCGGUUGCAUCGAAUUUAUUGAAAACUAUUCAAACUAUACGAAAAGCAAAUGUUCCGAACGAAGAAAAACCUACGAUUGAAAACAUCAUCACCAAGGCCGGACCGGACGGGUUGCUGGAGACGGUCAUUCGGGUAAAACGAAACCUGAAAACCGUUAAACAGCGGCACGUCUGUAAGCUGUGCAACCGAUCGUACAAAUACAAGCAUGCACUGGAAACUCAUCUGCGGCGACAUCGCGGUGAUAAACCAUACAAAUGUACAGACUGCGAGAAGGCUUUCGUGGUGCCGUUCGAACUGAGACGACACAUGCGGACGCAUACGGGUGCUAAACCGUACAAGUGCAAGUACUGCGAUCGACAGUUUUCGGAUUUUGGCAGUAAAAUCAAACACGAACGAACGCACACCGGAGAAAGGCCAUAUGUUUGCGAAGUAUGUGAAAAAAGUUUCACUUAUUCGCAUGUAUUGAACAGUCACAUGUUGAUUCACACAGGAAUCAAGAAAUACUCAUGCCCGGAUUGUGGGAAACGAUUUGCGAAAUCACAUCACUUGAAGGCACACAUGAAUACUCACAUCCGUUCGACUAGCAACAGCAAUAACAACAACAACAACAACAACAGCAAUAACAGUAGCAUUCACAGAAGUAACCUCAGGGUGGAAAACGAAAGCCGGGUCGGCAUCAACAGCUCUGUUUCGAACAUCAUCUCCGACGUCGACGGGGAUGGUGAUGACGAUGGGAACAGUUUCGUUCGCUUCGAACAGCACCAAUCCAGCAGUUUGCUGGCAAGCGGUAUCGAUGAACGAAGCACCGAGUUUCAGCUGGACGAUCCUAUCCUGCGACGAGAUGACGGCAAUCCAUUCGGGCAGCUUGUAAAUAUUAGUGAUUAUAUGAUCUCGGCCAAAAGUGGCGAUACGGGCUCGAUCGGUGCCAUAAUGGCCGCUGACUGUGGUUCGGCGGACGAAGACGACGGCAUGGGCGCGGCGGGUGUGGACGAGGACGCUUUGCUUAACGUCGUGACCGUACUGGCGUCGUCCAAUCAGGUUUCCGGACUGGUCGACGGUGAUUAUGCCAACAUCCGGAUCAUCAACGGGUGAGUAUCGGGAGAGGGGUUUUUUUAUCAGCUGUUGAAUAGAGAUCUCCGAGGGAUUUUUUUAAAAUAAAUAG